AGCCUUUUCCAUGGUUCCAUUAGCUUGCAGAUAAAAAGACAAAUAUGCUCCAUUUUACAUUGUCAACAAAAAAAAUCUUGUUUUCAAAGUUUUGCCAGUUCAACAGCAAACAAAUGAUGUGGAUUGUGGAAUUUAUGCCAUUGCAUGGGCUCGUCAGAUUCUUGAAACAAAAAGUAUACCAUCAACAAAUCUGAUGUUUGGUCAAAGUGAAAUGAGAAGUCAUCUCCUGAAAUGUAUAUCAAACAACAGGAUGGAGAUAUUUCCAGCCACUAAAAAUCCUUCUUUGUUUAAAAGAUGUAAUGCUAAGACUUUUCGCGUUCCUCUGCAUUGCUCAUGUCGCAUGUUUUGGAUACCUGGAGACGAAGACAUAUUUAACAGGCAAAUGGCACAAUGCUGUGUUAGUAGUAAAUGGUUUCAUCGUGAUUGUGAACAAAUUCCACCAAGUGCCUGUGAAAAGGAAGACGAAAUUUGGAUUUGUCAUGAUUGCCAAAACCAAUCAAAAUAUUAA